AUGGAACUGUGGAAGUGGCGUGACCCGAGGAUAGUCGGUGGCGUGAUACCAGAACGGGCAUUCCGAUUGGUUGAGGGAUCGCAUGCGCGCACGCGCACGAUCGAGUCACCGAGACGCGCACGCGGUGCGUCAUCGAGUCUUUGGUAUCCUCGACCGCCGCGAAUAGCGCUGCGCCGCAGCCAUCGGAUCGCAGUCUCGCCACAAGGUCAAUAUAACGACAAGGCGAUAUCUGCCGGCAGCGGAGGCGAGCGCAACAAUUAA